GACCUGCAUUCUGCUUCACUGAACUUCAAACCAAAAUGUACAAAUUUGGAACUUUUGCUGUUAAAUUUUCGUCUGGGUUUGUCUGUUCCUCGUUUGAAAAUUGUAACAUGGCUGCACGGGUGAUCUGCUCUCUACCUUAUGAACAGAUUUCAAAUGAAAAGGCAAAUUUGGAUGUGAAAACCCAUCUUGGAGCAAAUGAAGGGAAGCCACAGUUUGUGCUCAAAACACCCAAGGGAACUAGAGACUAUAAUCCGAAGCAAAUGGCUAUCCGUGAGAAGGUGUUCAAUACUAUCAUUAACUCAUUCAAACGCCAUGGAGCAGAGACGAUUGACACACCGGUGUUUGAGCUCAAGGAAACCCUGACAGGCAAAUAUGGUGAAGACUCAAAACUGAUCUACGAUCUGAAGGACCAGGGUGGUGAGCUGUUGUCAUUGCGUUAUGAUCUAACUGUACCUUUUGCCCGUUAUUUAGCUAUGAAUAAGAUUACCAAUAUUAAGAGGUAUCACAUAGCAAAAGUAUACCGAAGGGACAAUCCAGCCAUGACCAGAGGACGUUACAGGGAAUUCUGUCAGUGUGAUUUCGAUGUUGCUGGGCAAUACGAUGCAAUGAUUCCUGAUGCUGAAUGCCUGAAAAUAAUCCAUGAGAUCUUGAGUGAACUGCAGUUAGGAGAGUUUCUAAUUAAGGUUAAUGACAGGCGAAUCCUGGAUGGUAUGUUUGAAGUGUGCGGAGUUCCAGCUGAUAAAUUUCGGACAAUCUGCUCCACUGUGGAUAAAAUGGACAAGAUGGCUUGGGUGGACGUCAAGAAUGAGAUGGUGGCAGAAAAGGGACUGGCUCCAGAGACCGCUGACAAGAUUGGUGAAUAUGUUCAGCUCUACGGCAACUCUGAAUUAAUUGACAGACUGCUGGAGGAUGACAAGCUGUCAGCGAACAAGGUGGCUUUGGAAGGUCUGAAGGACAUGAAGCAGCUUUUUGUCUACUUGAAACUUUUUGGUGUUGAAGAAAAUAUUGUCUUUGAUCUGAGUUUGGCUCGUGGGUUGGACUACUAUACCGGAGUCAUCUAUGAGGCGGUGCUGGUACAGGCGCAGGCUGAUAGGGAGAUACCACAGAUUGACUCCAUUGAGUCACUGGGUGUUGGAAGUGUCGCCGGUGGAGGCCGUUACGAUGGCCUUGUAGGAAUGUUUGAUCCCAAGGGUCGGAAAGUCCCUUGUGUCGGGUUCAGCGUUGGGAUCGAAAGAAUUUUCUCCAUAAUGGAGCAAAUAGUGGAGGCCUCCGAUCAGAAAGUUCGUACGACAGAGACUCAGGUUUUUGUUGCGACAGCCCAGAAGCAUCUUCUGGAAGAAAGGAUGAAGUUGUUGGCAGAGCUUUGGCAGUCUGGGAUCAAGGCUGAAAUCAUGUACAAAAAGAACCCCAAGCUUCUGAACCAGCUCCAGUACUGUGAGGAAACUGGAAUUCCCUUGGUCGCUAUAAUUGGCGAACAGGAACUCAAGGAUGGAGUUGUCAAACUUCGAGUUGUCUCCACAAGAGAAGAGAUUAAUGUCGCAAGAGCUAAUCUCACAAAGGAAAUUGCGAAGAGAACGUGCCAGUCCUAAUAUCAUCACAGAGAUGCAUGUCUGCUUUUCCAAAGCGCAUGUCAGAACCACACUUCACACUGGUCACUAUCACAGUAUAAUGUGCUGCAGAGUGAACAUCAAUCUGCUUGCCAACCAGUAUGAUAAGAAGCUUACGGACACCCUCACCGCUAGGGGCUGAAAAUAACAUUCUCCUGUUCUAUUCAGUUUGGGUUUCAAUGUAUGCCUUGAUCCAAUUAUGUCUGACAUUAUUAUCCUGUCUUUCAUAGGGGAGAGUGAAAUUUACAGACUCAAUAAAAGACAUGCUUGCAACUUA